GCAGCUGCUACAGUCCAGAGUUCAGCAGCAGAGCGGAUCUUACCCUCGGUCUUUCCUUUUUCUCUUCACAGACCGCCGAAACACAAACACGCAACACUGACUGCUCCUCUGACUUGUAAACCUGAUUGCAUUAAUCUCUGGAGAGUUUCGACUUCGUUUUAUUUCUCCAACGUCUUGUUUCCCCCUUGGACCUGUUUUGGAUUUUACGCACUUAUUUACCUUUCUUCGGACCUCCGGUGCUUUCACCGUCAUGGCUCGGUUGCUACUAUCGUGUCUCCUGCUGUUUGUCUCGACGCAGACGAUCCUCUCCUCCGGGGUCUUCGAGCUGAAGAUCGACUCCUUCACCAGCUCCCGCGGCGUCUGUCGUCACCAGUCCCGGGACUGCCAGAUUUUUUUCCGCGUGUGCCUCAAGCACUCGCAGGACGUCAUCAACCCGGAACCCCGGUGCACGUACGGCACCGCGCUCACUGAGAUCUUCGGCGCCGACUCCAACUCCAUCUCCGAGAGCGCGCCCAUCAGGGUGCCUUUUGAAUUCAAGUGGCCGGGGACUUUCUCUCUGAUUAUCGAGGCCUGGAACGCGGAGUCUUCAGGACUUGGGUCAACAGAGAACCAGAACAACCUCAUCAGCCGACUGGCGACCCGCCGCAGCAUCACCGCCGGGGAGGAGUGGUCCCAGGACAUCGACUCCGGGAACCAGAGCGAGCUGCGUUACUCCUACCACGUGGUCUGCAACGAGUUCUACCACGGCGAGUCCUGCUCCGCCUACUGCCGUCCUCGCAAUGACACCUUUGGACACUACACCUGCGAUGAAGAUGGGAACCGGCGCUGCCAGGAGGGCUGGAGCGGCGAGUACUGCUCGGACCCCAUCUGUACAGCAGGGUGCAGCGCCGAGCACGGCUACUGCGAGUCUCCCGGGGAGUGUGUGUGCCGGCAGGGCUGGCAGGGCGAGCGCUGCGACGAGUGCGCCCGACACCCGGGCUGCCUGCACGGGACCUGCCAGCAGCCCUGGCAGUGCCACUGCAAGGAGGGCUGGGGGGGCCUGUACUGCGACCAAGACCUGAACUACUGCACCAACCACAAGCCGUGUCAGAAUGAUGCUUCUUGCACCAACACCGGACAGGGCAGCUACACCUGCACCUGCCGGCCGGGGUUCACGGGCAAAAACUGUGAGAUCGAGACCAACGAGUGUGACAGCAAUCCCUGCAAGAACGGAGGCAGCUGCAAAGAUUUGAUCAGCGAUUACUCGUGUGCGUGCCCUCAGGGCUUUUACGGGAAGAACUGCGAGAUCAGCGCCAUGACAUGUGCCGAUGAGCCUUGUUUUAACAGAGGAACCUGCAUGGAAAACGUCGCUGGCGGAUAUAGCUGCCUCUGCCCGACCGGAUACACAGGAUCCAACUGCGAGAAGAGGAUGGACAGAUGCAGCAGCAACCCCUGCGCUAACGGCGCUCAGUGUCUGGACCUCGGGAAGCGCGUGAUGUGCCGCUGUCGACCCGGCUUCACUGGUGCUCGCUGCGAGAUCAACAUCGACGACUGCGCAAGCAACCCCUGCCACAACGCUGGCACCUGCAUCGAUGGCAUCAACGACUACACCUGCUCAUGCACACUGGGCUUCACCAGUAAGGACUGCACUGUGCGCACCAGCCCCUGCAACCACUUCCCCUGCGAGAACGGAGGCACUUGCUUCACACACUUCACCGGCCCCGUGUGCCAGUGUCCAACGGGCUUCAUGGGCGCUCGCUGCGAGUACUCCAACCACUUUGUGACCAAAGCGACUACAAAACCGCCUGUGAAUGCUGAUUCCUCUCCAGCACUGAUCGCUGCCGUCGCUCUGGGCCUGGUGACUCUGAGUCUCCUGGUGUGCGCGGCGGUCCACAUUCUCCGCCAGCUCCGUCGGGGCAGAGCACUGACCCUGUCCACAUUGGUGAAAAACGACCUGGAGACGGUUAACAACCGCAACGCAGUGAUCGGCGGCGGCGGUCCCAACAAUGGGAGCCUACCAGGAGCCCCACUAGGCAGCCUGAGAGAGAAGGAGGCCUUCCUCAUCCCUGGGGGACAUCUGAAAGUGUCCAAUAAGGACGCAGCUCUGGUGGAGAAGGGUGACGAAAACAUGGCCAUGUUCAAAAACAAAAUGGCAGACUGUAACCUGGCGAAGGAGGAGCAGCGCUUGGCGAGGAACAAGUUAGACCUUAAGAAGUGUGACUCGUCCAUCAUCACACCUGCCCUCAGCUUUGUCAAGGACAGUUUAUAUCACCCGGUGUUCAUCAUCCCAGAGCAGAUGGAGCAGUGUGUGUUUGCUACUGAGGUAUAACCACCAGCGAGGGAACUUUUCUGCUGAAGGCCUGAAAACUUUUCUGUCCAGCACAAAGAGGAUCUAAUCUCCACACAUUAUCUUAUUUAAUAUUUAUAACUGCUGCUCAGUGGACAGAAAGUGAAAAAAAAAAAGACUUGAUUUUAUUUGUAUCCUCUUCUGCUUCGAUAAUGACAACGUUUGGAUGACAAUGAGUUUGACAAUAGAAAGAGCAGCGCAGGAGGUGUGAAACGAGGAAAGACUGAAUGUCCGGCAUCAUUUGCACUAUUUAUCUUUUUUUUAUUUUUUUUUUUAUUUUAUGCUCUAAAUCUUAAUAUAAUUGACUUUUUGUAUGUAUCUGGAUUUCCUUUGGAUCAAACGUGAACAAGCGGACGUACAUAAUCGGAACUGUCCACCAAUCAGAAACACUGGUGCCUUUUAGAAAAAGCUCCCCAAUCACUAUGGCAACUGUUUCCUGUGAAAGUUUCCCAUCCAAUCACCUCCCGGGAGAACUUGUUCACGGGAACGGGAGACAGAACUCUUUUACUUUAAGGCGAAAUGAAACUGAAAAAUGGCAGAAUGAGCGGUGUGUGAAUGACCUCCUGUCAUCACUCCGUUUAUUGUCUUCCUGAUUUUGUCUUGGGAGGUGAGGCAUCACAUUGUGGCCUGGAAGAAGAAGAAGAAGAACAUCAGCAGCUUUACAAUCACAUCCAGUCCUACAAACUCUCAAGUGCCUCUUUCUCAACUGGACGUAGACCCAGGACUGGACAGGAUGAGCAAGAUUUUGUUUGUCCUGGAAGCCAGUGAUGUUUUUUAUAUGCAUCUUUGUUUCCACUCCAAUCCACUGGAAUCAGCACCUUUUUGAAUGGUGAUGUGUUUUUUAGAUUCAUCAUAUGAACUGAUCCAGUCCUGGUCCCGGUCUGAAGAGGUUUCAGGUGAAUCAGGAAGAGUUAGAACCUCUACGACCAAUCAGCUGUGUUGACCUCGUGAACAGAGAACAUUACAGACUAAUUUAAGAUCGACUUUCUAGGCUGGUUGAAUCUAAAGUCGAGCUGGUUACAUCCAACAAAUUCUCAGUUUGUCUUUCUAUUCUUCUUCUUCUGAAGUUUACUUUUCCUAUCAAUCAAAACGUGCUGCCUUUUCGUCUCCCUUCCUGCCUUUUAUGAACCUCUGCUGCCACAGCGAGUAAACAGGAAGUCAAAAAAAAAAAAAAAAAAACAUCCGCAGCUGUCCUGCAACAUUCCCCAAACUCAACCUGAAAAGUUCAGAGCGAGUCUGAUCACAGUCACAGCUGCGGGAGGUUUUGAAAUGUUUUAUAUAUUUAAAAAGACAAUGAUCCUUUACAACAUUGAAGUCCCUUUUUCUUUUUUUUGUACCUUAUCCAUUUUGAUACCAAAAAUAUGUGUUGUUCCUGUGUAGUCGUGUCUUUGUACCCUCUUUGUUAAUUUAAGAAAAACAAUGCAAUGUGUACAUAUCCUCCAGAAGAUAGUUUGUCCUAUUUAAUUUUGUCGCCCUUUGUAAAUAUUUGUUGUAUUUAUGAAAGAGAAUUGUAUAUAUGUCUAUGUUCAUGUGCCUAAUGUCUCAGUCAGAAUCAAGAAAUAUAUUUUUUCAUAAAUAAAUUCGAAAAAUAACAUUAA